AUGGCGUUCGUUAUACGCAAGCAGAAGGCAAUGUAUCAAGCUCAAGGAUCGCGAUGUUGUGUCCCAAAAUGCAGUAACAGACAAGGCACAGACAAGCUGCAAGGUGUCCGCAGAUCGCACUACAGGUUUCCUCAAGGGGAAGCAAACCGAGACUUACGGAGAUUGUGGGAAACCAGCGUAAGGCGUGAUUACUGGACAGCCAGCAAGCAUGACCGGGUCUGCUCUGAUCACUUUGCAGGAGGAAUACGCACCCACAUCGAAGGGUCCCCAGGAUACAUCCCGAGUAUCUUUGCGUGGACAAAGGCAAGCAAGUCAAGACCAUCGAGAACCUCUGAACAAGCAGGAACUGUCACGCCAGUCAGUUGGUGCAAGGACUCCUGGUCCCCUGCUCCCGAGACUCCAGGGGGACUCAAUGAGCGAAAGAUUGCUCUAGCAAAGCAGAGGGAGGAAAAACAGGCUGCACAAGCAAAGGAAAAUACCACCCGGGUCUGGAAAGAACAUGGACAUGACUACCCAGAGACAUGCAGAGCAAAGCCCUCUGUGUAUGACGAAGAACUAGCGGCAUUACACGAAACUGUCCAGCGGUUAGAGAAGCCAGAGAAGAGUCAGUUGAAGAAUAAAGUCUUCAGUUUGGACACCAUAAAAGAUUCUGACAAAGACUUCCAAGUUCGUACAAACUUGCCAAAUUUUGACGUUUUCUCUUCCAUCUGUGAGUAUCUGAAAACUGUCAGUAACGGUAGGCUCAAGUAUUGGCGUGGACAGGAAACAGACAUUGACAGUGAACGUUCCAGGACUGGGAGGGAAAGGACAUUGACUUUCGAGGAAGAGUUCUUCCUAGUGCUGGUGAAGCUGAAGUCUGGUGACUUCAACCAGGAAAUCGCCAGCAAGUUUGGAAUCAGUGAAAGCCAGGUGUCAAAGAUCUUCACCACAUGGAUCAACUUCCUACACAGGGAACUGUGGUACCUCUUUGAAAUGAAGACAAUCUGGGAAAAUGAAGAAACAAUUCCUGAGUGCUACAGACGUUACCCACACCUCAUCUCUGUCAUCGAUUGCACUGAACUCCAGAUCGAGAUGGCUACAACACUACAGGCAAGAAAGGAGACGUACUACAACUACAAGAACAGGGACACUGUCAAGUUCAUGGUUGGCCUAUCACCUAACCUUACGGUCAACUACGUUUCAAAAGGACACGGAGGUCGUGCCAGCGACAAGCACAUCACCCUCACCAGUGAACAGUUCAUCAACCAGCUGCCACCCAAUUCAGUGAUCAUGGCAGACAAGGGCUUCAACAUUUCAAAGGAACUGAGUGACAAAGGUGUACGGCUUGUGAUACCAGACUUUAAGGGUCGGAAUCGGUCACAGAUGUCAGUCCAAGAAGCUGCCAACUCUGAAUCCAUUUCAAGUGCAAGGAUUCACAUUGAAAGAAUCAUCCAAAGGAUACGCACUUUCCACAUUCUGGGCUCCACUCUCAAGAUAUCCCAGCAGGACAUCACAGAGCAGAUAUUCAGUGUCUGUGCGUACAUGACCAACUUUCAGAUGCCAAUUAUCAAUCUUCGUCAGGGUCAGAGUAGUAGUACAUCAGGUUCAAACAUGACAGAAGAAAGCAUCUUUGAUUUCAUUUAGAAUUAGAAAUCGAUGGUUAACUCUCGUUAUGGACUGUGCUUACUGUGUAACACAUGUAUUGUUUACUUUACAGUGGGAACAGCAUGUUGUUGCUGCGUUAUAGUUCAGAACUGUAUUUAGCCUUUGCCACAAUCUUUGAGACAUUUUGCGCAGUACCAAAGUAUGUCAUUAUCUGCCAUGUCUUCAUUAUACCCUGCACAUGUCCAACAUGACCAUGCCUCACACUCACAAGGACACUCGCAACCUACACUAGCAUUCGAGUUGUCGUCAAGAAUGUCCUCAGCCUCGGCGAGAGCUUGUUUGCAGGGUCCAACACAAUAGGUAACGGUGUCGUCUGUUUGGUCGGAGUGCUUUGGCAGGUCAUCAGAAACUUGUGUCUUCCUCUUCUUGCUUUCACUACAGUGCUUCUGUAAAUAAGGAAUAGCAAGGUACAACAUGUGUUGAAUGUUAUUUGUCAAUCUCAAUAUACAGAGAAAAUCUCAUGAUAUACAGAACGAUUGUUCUUAGUGUGUGUAGCACCUAUUAAUAUCGCUGUACUCAAUAUCAUUAUUCCGCAACUAAAGGAUUGAUUAAUACACAUCUAAGCUAAGAAAUUAAGCUAAGAAGACUUAUAUGUCUUACCCGACUGUGCAGGUGCAGUACGCUCCAUAGGGUUGUCCGGUUAUCUUGUCCAAAAUGAUGUACAGGGCUUUCACAUUCUCAGUAGCACCUGACUGAGAUGAGUUGCACUGGGCUUCAAUUGCGAUGAAUGUCUCGGACGGGUCAAGGUUUAUCUUAAUGGAAUGAACAAAGUCUUUCAUUUGAAAUGGUCUCUGUAGCUUGUAUUUGGUGUGCUGAUCUUUGUCAAAGACUUUGCUGUUUAGGAGGUAGCUCUUAACUGUCGAAUCGUCAACUGGGGGUAAACACUGUAGUUCUUUUGUCCACGAACCGGUCCUUGCCAAGUAC